AUUUAGCAUCGAGGUGUGUCUCUUCCAAUCUUUCACAACAUCUCUCUAUAAAUAUGUUACCUCAUAUUAUAGUUCAUUUGCCUCCAGCAAAGGCAUCACUAGAAUAGAAGAACAAAUGCAGCUGCAGGUGUUGCUUCCACUGGUCAUCACCGCGCUGGUGGUGUCGUCGGCGCAUCCGCCGGCGGCCGCGGCGGCGACGUGCCAGCGCCGGUGUGGCGACGUGGACAUCCCGUACCCGUUCGGCAUCGGCUGCGGCUGCUACCUCGACACGGGGGAGGACGGCGACCGGGCCUUCGAGGUCACCUGCAGCGGCAACGGCACCGCCACCGUCGACGGGUUCGAGGUGCUCGGCAUCGACGCGCACCGCGGGAAGCUGCGGAUCCGCAGCCCCGUGGGGUCGUGGUGCUACGACGCAGCGUCGCGGUCCAUGGCCAACCCCGUCACCUGGUCCUACGACUCGUCGGCGUUCCGCAUCUCCGGCGCCGACAAUCGGCUCACCGUCCUCGGGUGCAACGCGUUCGCGUACAUGGACUCGCGCGACGGCGCCGUGGAGAACCGGUACGUGCUGGGGUGCCGCGCCGUGUGCUCCGGCCGCGCGCCGUCGUCGUCGCUGGGGAAGGCCAACGGCUCCUGCGACGGCACGAGCGGCUGCUGCCAGGCGCCGAUCCCGCCGGGGAUCAGGUCGUUCGAGGUCGGCUUCUUCGACGACUACAAGAACGACACCUCCGCCGUCGCCGGCUUCAGCCCGUGCAGCUACGUCGUGCUGGCCGAGGCGGCGGCGUUCGAGUUCCGGUCGGCGUACGUCACAACCCGCGACCUCGAGGACCCCGCCGGCCGGCAGGCUCCGCCGGUGGUGCUGGACUGGGCGGUGGGCAACCGGACGUGCAAAAAGGCGCAGAGGAACACGACGGCGUAUGCCUGCGUCAGCGCAAACAGCGAGUGCCUCGACUCCAACAACGGCCCAGGAUACCUGUGCAGCUGCUCCAAAGGAUACCAAGGAAACCCUUACCUUGUGGAUGGCUGCCAAGAUAUAAAUGAGUGCAAGGACAAGGCAGUGAAGUACCCGUGCUCUUCCCAUAGUAUUUGUAUCAACACCCCGGGAAGCUUCAAAUGUUCCGAGCUCAGAUGGCAAGUCGCAGUUGGUGUUAGCAUUGGUGUAGUAGUGGUAGCCAUUGCCUUGUCCUGCGCCUAUGCGACCAAAGAGAAGAAGAGGCUAGCCGCCGUCAAGAAGCGGCACUUCAAACAGCAUGGUGGCCUACUCCUCUUUGAGGAGAUGAAGUCAAAACAGGGGCGGCUCUCCUUCUCGCUGUUCACCAAGGAGGAGAUGGAGGAAGCGACCAACAUGUUUGACGAGCGACAUGUGCUUGGAAAGGGUGGCAAUGGAACGGUAUACAAGGGCACUCUCAGAGACGGGAGGGUCGUGGCAAUCAAGCGGUGCAACAAGCUCGUCUACGACGAGCGACAACAGCGAGAGUUUGGAAAGGAAAUGCUCAUCCUAUCCCAGGUCAAUCACAGGAACAUUGUUAAGCUCUACGGGUGCUGCCUUGAGGUGGAAGUGCCGAUGUUGGUGUACCAGUUCAUCCCCAAUGGCACCCUGUACCAGCUCAUCCAUGGUGAUGCCACCCCAUCAUUCAUUGUACGGCUGAAGAUCGCACAUGAGGCGGCAGAGGCACUUGCAUACCUACAUUCCAUGGCAUCACCACCGAUCAUCCACGGGGAUGUGAAGUCACCCAACAUACUUCUUGAUGAGAACUACACCACAAAGGUAUCGGACUUUGGGGCAUCGGCAUUGGCACCGACAGACGAGGCACAUCUUGUAACGUUGGUUCAAGGAACAUGUGGAUACCUCGAUCCUGAGUAUUUGCAGACGUGUCGGUUGACAGACAAGAGUGACGUGUACAGCUUUGGUGUCGUCCUCCUUGAGCUGCUCACACGAAGGAAGGCACUGGCCCUGACAACUCCUGAGGAGGAAAGGAGCCUUGUUGCCCACUUCCUUGCAGCUAUGAGGGACGGCAGACUUAAUGAGCUGUUGGACACGCGGAUCAAGGGUGAAGUGGUGGGUGAAGUUCCGAAGAUGGUUGCAAUGCUUUCUAAGCGGUGCUUGGAGAUGUCUAGUGAGAAGAGGCCCUCCAUGUGCGAGGUCGCGGAAGAGCUUGACAGGAUAAGGAAGCUGUGUCACCAUGCAUGUUUAGGUGAUAUAGAUGACUCUUCUUUUCUUGCAAAUUAUAAGUAAAUCAUAUCCAACCAUAUGUAUAUUGUAGUUGAUUAACAGAAUGUGGAGAUCUAGACUGAAGAUUAACCUCGAA